AUCGCCACCUCGUUUGACAUUGCUUCAGACGAGCAAGCGCGAUGGAGCUCGACAACCUCAGCAUUGUUCACGAGAAGUUGCUGCAUUUGAACAUGAUGGACAAGACUACGGAUCAUGGCAUUGCGUCGCACGUGGUGGUGUCUGGCACUAACGGUGAAGCCCCGUCAAACCUCAACGCCACCUCGUACCACGAGAGCUACCUCAGCUACGUCCUUCCAUACCUCUCAACACCAGAGCUAUUUCGCGUCACCGUCUUGAACAAGGAGAUUGAAGCCUUCUGCGAGCGCGAGUGGAAAGCCCGUGUGGCCGCGCGGUUCGGUGCCCUGCGGUACCAAGCAAGCUCGUAUCGUCGGAUCUACGCCAUGCGAUGCCACUUCCAGCGCCGCGUGUCGUCGAACGUGUCAGCGCGCGUCUACCUGAUGAACACGAAUGGGGAUACGUCAUUUUUUCCCAUCGAUUCUAGCAAGCCCAUCAUGUGCUCGCGAGAGCGUGCCGCCGUGUACAACCGAUGCGAACGAAUGUUUGACCUGUCGCUGCGCAUCAACCGAUCCAUCCAAGAGAUAUCGACACUGAUCGGGAUGGUGUCUCUCGAGGAAGCGCGCGACCUCCUCAACGAACAUAUCAACUUGAUGACUGCGGUGGCUGCGCUGCGCGGGUCGCUCGUCUUCGAAAGCGAAUUGUUCCAGGUCUUUCCAGCACCGGUCCUUCUUGACACGAACGUCCUCCUACGGGCGACGCACGCGCUCGGCCGACGCUUUUGCGGCGAGCCCCUCAUGAUGCAAAUCUGGGUUUCCAUCGACAACGUAGUCUAUCGACCGCUGUCGAUUCCGUUGCUGCUGACCCCAUCGCCACCGAGCCCUUCGGUGCAAGCAGUACAUGCCACAACAGUUGGCGACACCGGGACAACGCCGGCGCUUCCAGUUGCCCCAUGCUGCACGACCGCUCGCUUCCAUGAACUCGCCGGGAUGACAAUCGACAUCGACGAUAACAGCAUGCGAUACACGUUGCAGCCCGACUCGGUCACACUCAACACGCUCGUGUCGAAUGCGUACCUCUUGUACCUCUUCAACCCGACCUCGUUUCAUCCACUGGAUUGGUCGUACGAAGCACGACUGACUGUUGGGACGCAAACUCAUUUGCUGCCAACGGAACGGGAGGGCGUGUUUCUAAACAACGCGACCAGCGCGUUGCGCGUGUUUCUGUCAUACGGAAAGCUCGCCCAGGCAGAUGAGUCUCUCAACGAAGGCGUGCCACCGACUGCCGCGGCGUCGUCCCGACAAGCGCUCAACGUCCCAUGCGAUACCGGCGACAGCGCGUUCACAUUCAGCAUCGCUGCUACGAACCGACUCACGCAGACCAAGAAGCUCGUGGUGUCGCAAGCGAUGCGGAUUACGUUGCCACCCCCUACGAAUCGGUACGGUCCGCACACGGCUUUUCUCUGAAGGAUUGUUGUGGCAACGGGUGCUUGUUCAUGAGUAGCAAUGGCAAGCUGGAGCGCCAUGCCCACUUAGCCAACGAUUCCGUGCUCUGCUUCAGCUUUGACCAGCAGAACAACCUCCAGUACGUCGAGUUUGCCAUCGGAUUUGAGCCGCUACUGCAUGCCCUCGGUGUGGUAUCGUUGGUGGUGAAUGGGGCAAGUCGUGAUCGGUUGCCAGAAUAACGUUUUGUCAUGGCAAGUGUAUUCGCGUGAUUCCUUGGA